UAAAGCGUUCAAAAACGGAGGACAUGCCAGCCGGGACUCUGGAGCAGACUACACCGGACUCAGUGGUCGUAACUCCGGCUCGCACUGACCACAGACCAACUGCCUCCGAGAGCAGGAAGUCGUCAAAGCCCAUCAUGGAGAAAAGGAGACGGGCCAGAAUCAACGAGAGUCUGGGGCAGCUCAAGAUGUUAAUCCUGGAGGCGUUAAAGAAAGACACCUCCAGACACUCCAAACUGGAGAAGGCCGACAUUCUGGAGAUGACGGUCAAGCACCUGAGGAACCUUCAGCGGCUGCAGAUCACAGCCGCUGUCCACGCUGACCCGGGCCUGCUGGGUAAAUACCGCGCUGGGUUCAGUGAGUGUGUGGGAGAGGUGACGCGCUUCCUCUCCACGUGUGAAGGGGUCCACAGUGAGGUGCGCACCCGCCUCCUCAGCCACCUGUCCUCCUGUGUGUCCCACAUGUACCCUCCUGUCGUACCCUCUCUGCCCUCUCUGCCUCUGGGCUGUAAGGCAGUGAGUCCGGAGCUGGUGAGCCUGUACACAGGGGUGCAGCUCGUGCCUAGGCCUGAGGGACAUGUGGCUGUGCUGGUGCCCAGCGCGGCUCUCUCUCCUGGGGCCCCCCACAGCGUCCUGUCCCCUAUCGGGCCCGCACUCACAUCAGACUCUGUGUGGAGGCCCUGGUAG